AAACAAUAUUAAGCAGUAGUACUAAGUAGCAUCUUAGCUAGCUAGCUAAGAAAAGCUCAUAAACCCUGCUUAAUAUAUAUAUAAUUAAGCCCUUAAACUUGAUAUAAUGGCUCUCUACUACUCCUUAGUAGUAUUGUUUUCGAUUCUUAUGGGAGUUGCCUCAGCUCAACUUUCCUCAACUUUCUAUUCUUCUUCGUGCCCUAAUGUCCUUUCCACCAUCAAAGCCGAAGUGAAAUCUGCCGUCUCUAAUGAGGCUCGUAUGGGAGCCUCCCUACUUCGUCUUCAUUUCCAUGACUGUUUUGUCAAUGGAUGCGAUGCUUCGAUAUUAUUGGACGACACAUCAAAUUUCACAGGAGAGCAAAACGCAGGGCCAAAUGCUAAUUCAGUGAGGGGCUUGGAUGUGGUCGACACCAUUAAGAGCAAGGUCGAGGCUUUGUGCCCCGGCGUUGUCUCCUGUGCUGACAUCCUAGCCGUUGCUGCUAGAGACUCUGUUGUUGCGUUGGGUGGACCUACCUGGACGGUGCCAUUGGGUAGAAGAGACUCAACCACAGCAAGUCAAAGUACUGCCAACUCAGACAUCCCUGCUCCUACUUUGAAUCUAACUGCCCUCAUUUCUUCUUUCUCAAACAAAGGAUUAUCUACUAAAGAUAUGGUAGCUCUCUCAGGUGCUCAUACAAUAGGUCAAGCAAGGUGCACAACCUUCCGGGCCCGGCUCUACAACGAAGCCAACAUAGAUUCGUCGUUCGCCACCUCAACAAAGGCGAAUUGCCCGAGCUCAGGCAGUGACAACACCCUGUCCCCGCUCGACGUCACGACCCCCAAUAAAUUUGACAAUGCCUACUUCAAGAACUUGGUGGCCAAUAAAGGGUUGCUACACUCUGAUCAGCAACUCUUCAGCGGCGGGUCAACUGAUUCCCAAGUCCAAACUUACAGUAGCAAUGCAGCCACCUUCAAUUCUGACUUUGCCGCAGCAAUGGUGAAGAUGGGAAACAUUAGCCCUCUAACUGGCUCCCAGGGUGAGAUCAGGACCAGUUGUGGGAAAGUCAACUAAUAAGCGCUCCUAUAGGAUAGAUACAUGUAUUUCGCUUUGCAUUGUACCAAGUACUUCUACUUUGAUUUUGGCUAUAAUGUUUGUCCCUUGAUGAGUUGUAAGCUCAUUAUAGCCAGUAUUAUUGUUAUCUGUUUGGUUUUAAUUUUAUAAAAAAUUAGAAUUUCUGCUCUUUA